AUGAACAAGAUCAUCAAGAAAACUCUAAAGACCAAGCUUGACAAAGCUAAGGGUUGCUGGCCAGAGCUACGCCCAGAAGUUCUCUGGUCCUACCACACCACCGUCCGUACCUUAACAGGAGAAACACCAUUCUCUCUUUCCUUUAGUACUGAAGUCGUGGCACCAGUAGAGAUUGGCCAGCCCACAUACUGA